AUGAGCUCCGCGAGCCCGGAAAUCGGGAGCUUGGAGGCCGUUUUGGGUUUCCUGUCCCAAAAUGAUUUCAAGGCCGCCGAGCAGGCUCUCAUGGCCGAGCUGGAGCUGCGCUUCGGAGACCUCAAGAUGUCCACCAUGGACCGCAGCGGCGAUGAGGGCGACAACGCGUCCAGGGACGCCUCCGCCUCUGACGAAUGGGGACGUGGCGGGGAGCAGACGGAUCGGGACGAGGAGGACGAGCAGGACGACGGCGAGGCGGACGAGCAGGACGAGGACAACGAGGAGGAGGACUCGGCUGAAGAUCCUGGCACGCGCGGAAGCAGCAAGGCCGUCUCCAGCAACGACGGCGGCGUGAACCUCAUCUCGUCCUCGAGCGGCGACACCUCGGAGGGCGACAGCGACGACGAUAGCGGGUUCCUCCCGGCCUCCGAGCACGCGCCGGCGAUCAAGACGGACCUCCGCGGGCUCCCGAAGCGCUCGGACCGGCACCGCGCGCACCGGUGGCCCGACCGCCGUCGCUCGUGGGGUUCCGGCACUGACGAGGACGAAUACGACGCAGACGACGACCCCGGCUACCUCCGCGGCAUCGUCAUGGACCCCGACGCGUUCCUGGCGCACGAGAUCGUCAGCGGCGACGAGCGGCGGCGGGCGCAGGAGGCGGCGUGGCGGACGCCCACCGCCAGCAACGGCGACGAGGACGGCGACGACUCUGAGGUCUCGGAUCCGGAGUCCCUGCUGUCCGGACAGGCCGGCGUCCCGGAAGCCCGCAGCACGGGCAACACCUCGGCGCAGGCGGUGCCCACGAACACCCCCCCGCUGCGCACGCAGAUGCCGACGGGAGUGGGGCCGAACUCGGCCCCGGCCGCGCCGGGCGCGCACGGCAGCUCGUUCGGCGGCAUUCUGUCCGAGUUCGACCCGCUCUCGGUCAUCAGCGGCCUCGCGGACGUCCUGAAGGGGCAGCUCGCGGCGUCGCAGCGAGCCGCGGUCCGCGGGGGGCAGCAGCCGCGCGACGGCGACGCGGCGUCGAACGACGGCUCGGAGGCGGACAGCUCGGUCUUCGAGGGGCGCGCCGCGGACGCGAUCGCGGCGGCCGUGCGCGCGAGGAAGGCGGGGGCGGCCGGGGAAGGCAGCGGCGGUGGCGACCAGCAGCGCCCGUCGACCAGCACGCAGGACGGCGCGCCGUCCGAGCACAACCACCUGCGCAUGGUGCUCCCGGGCGACGACGAGCUCGCGGGGCUCGCGGUCGACCACACGGGCGCCGACCUCGCCAACCAGCCGCACUCCCCCCAUGGGAGUUCCAACCAGGACGGAUUCUCCUUCACCCCCCCCAUCUCGGUGACGCCGCCCGCGGCCGCGCGCACGCCCGAGGCCGCAGGGUCCCCGCUCGCGCCGCCGUCGCCGCUGGUCACCUCGAACGGCCUCCCCGCCGGCACCGCGGAUGCCGAGACCGUGUUCUCGAAAGGGUGCUUCUGGAGUCGCACGGCGUCGGGGCUGUCGCCGAGCCACGUCGAGGGCGCCUCGUCGGAUGGCGGGGACGCGGACGGGUCGAUCACGGGCGGGACGGGCGGCCGGCCGAGCACGGGGGGGGAUGUCAAGGGGGGGGUGAAGCAGCGUCUGUCGCAGAGCCUGUCGUCGACGAGCGGGCGCGGCGCGGACGACAAGGGCGGUGGCACCACGGAGCCGACGGAGCCCGCGCCCGGCGAGGACGACGCGAGCGCGGACGGCGAACCGCCGGCGGCCGUACCACCCAACCCCAACGCGUCCAUGACCAGCAUCAGCGGCGCGGUCGAGCAACAGGAAGACGACGACGACGACGACGACGACGACGGCGACAACAUCGAUGAGGUCGACGUCGCCGCCGCCGAGGAGGAGAAUGACGCCGAGGAGCCGCGCCCGGCCUCGGAGGACGCCGCGAUGGCUGGCGACGACGACGCGGACGGGGACAACGACGGUGGCGGCGAGGGCGACGCGGAGGGCGGGGACGCGUCCGCGCUGGACGAGACCACGCAGACGGGGUUCUCGCGGUUCGAGGAGGAGGACUGGUACCACGAGUACGGGUACGAGGUGCUGGACCUCAAGGUGAUUCACCGGAGCAUGCGGACGGGCUUCGAGGAGAGCAAGGACAUCAGCGUGGCGAUCGACGACGUCAUCGCGGGGCGGUACCAGGUGGUGGACCUGCUGGGGUCGGGCGCGUUCUCGCGCGCGGUGCACGCGCUGGACCUGCACAGCAACCGCAUGGUGUGUUUGAAGAUCGUGAAGAACAACAAGGACUACUUCGACCAGAGCCUGGACGAGGUGAAGCUGCUGCGGUACGUCAACGGGAAGGACCCGUCGGACGAGCACGGCCUGCUGCGCCUGCACGACUUCUUCUACUACAAGGAACACCUCUUCAUCGCGUGCGAGCUGCUCAAGGCGAACCUGUACGAGUUCCAGAAGUACAACACCGAGAGCGGGGACGAGCCGUACUUCACCGUGCCGCGCCUCCAGGCCAUCGCGCGGCAGGUCCUGCGCUCGCUGGCGUUUCUGCACUCUCUCAACCUCGUUCACUGCGACCUGAAGCCGGAGAACAUCCUGGUCAAGUCGUACUCGCGGUGCGAGGUCAAGGUGAUCGACCUGGGGUCGUCGUGCUUCAUCACGGACCACCUGUCGUCCUACGUGCAGUCGCGGUCGUACCGCGCCCCCGAGGUGGUGCUCGGGCUGCCGUACGACUACAAGAUCGACGUGUGGUCGCUCGGGUGCAUUCUCGCGGAGCUCUCCACGGGCCACGUGCUCUUCUCGAACGACUCGCUCGCCACGAUGCUCGCGCGCAUCGAGGGCAUUCUCGGGCCCCUGCCGCAGCACAUGCUCGACAAGGGGCGCUUCACGCACCGCUUCUACACGCGCUCCGGACAGCUCUACGACCGCGACGAGGAAGCGGAGCAGUUCAUCGUGCUGCGGAGCAAGCGGUCGAGUCUCCGGCAUCGCGUCCCGGAGGCCGACGAAGGCUUUUUGUCGUUCCUGUCCGCGCUGCUGGAAGUGGACCCGGCCAAGCGGCCCAACGCGCGGGAGGCGCUCCAGCACCCGUGGCUGCAGGAGGAGUACGAGGACACCGGCAUCGUGACGGACUGA